AUGGGUGCAUCAUCAAGUAUACUAAAUGAUUUUAUGGAAGAUACAAAUUUCAAUUUAGAAGAAAUAGAUAGAUUAAGAAAAAGAUUUAUGAAAUUAGAUAAAGAUAAAUCAGGAGAAAUAGACAAGAAUGAAUUUUUAUCAAUACCAGGAAUAUCAUCAAAUCCAUUAGCAACAAGAUUAAUGGAUGUAUUCGAUAAAGAUGGAGAUGGACAAAUAGAUUUUCAAGAAUUUAUUACAGGAUUAAGUGCAUUCAGUGGUAAAUCUUCAAAUUUAGAUAAAUUAAAUUUUGCAUUUAAUAUUUAUGAUAUCGAUAGAGAUGGUUAUAUUGGUAAUGGAGAAUUAUUUAUUGUUAUGAAAAUGAUGGUUGGUAAAAAUUUGAAAGAUGAAGAAUUACAACAAAUUGUUGAUAAGACUAUAAUGGAAGCUGAUCAUGAUGGGGAUGGGAAAUUAAAUUUUGAAGAAUUUAAAAAUGCAGUUGAUAAUAAUACAAUUGCAAAUACUUUGACUUUGAAUAUGUUUUAA